AUGGCUGAACACCCUCCCACAUCCGAUCCGACUCCAUCGGCAGAGGAAAGACCCGCAAACAUCAAUGUCGAUGUUGACUCCGACGACCACGAUUCUGCAUUGGACGGGAUCUCCGCUUUCAGUGACACGGCAUCUCUUGCAUCGAGUAUCGUCAAGUACCGGGUCGAGAAUGGCCGCACUUAUCACGCCUAUAAGGCUGGAUCUUACAUCCUGCCAAAUGACGAUCAAGAGAACGACCGUCUAGAUCAACAGCACCACCUCGCUCUUCUGACCCUGAAGGGUCAACUCUUCAUCUCACCGGUGGGCAAAGAUAAGCAGAUGAAACGUGUCCUGGACGUCGGAUGCGGCACUGGAAUUUGGUCAAUGGACUUUGCUGAUGAGCACCCGGAGGUCGAGGUUCUUGGUGUCGACCUCAGUCCUAUUCAGCCAACCUUUGUUCCACCGAAUGUCUCAUUUUUCGUCGAUGAUGUUGAGGAAGAGUGGACCUACACCAGUCCAUUUGACUUUAUCUACCUCCGUGCCAUGACAGGGUCGAUUCGCAGUUGGCCUAAAUUAUUUAGUCAAGCCUAUCAGAACCUCUCUCCUGGUGGGUUCAUUGAGCUCAUGGACCCUAUUUAUCCCGUAACCAGCGACGAUGAAACGGUAUCAAAAGACACUGCCGUAUACAAGUGGAGUAGUUUGAUGAAUGAGGCAGCUACAAAGAUGGGAAGUGGCCUUGAUUCUGGUCUACGCUACAAGGAUCAGCUCAUAGAAGCCGGCUUCGUCAAUGUCGUGGAGACGCCGUACAAAUGGCCAAUGAACACCUGGCCAAAGGAUAAGAAGAUUAAGGAGCUAGGAGCUUGGGGGAAUGUAAACCUUGUGGGAGGAGCUCAAGGGUUAAGCCUGGCUCUCUUCACCAAGGUGCUGGGAUGGAGCCCGGAGGAGCUCGAAGUCUUUCUUGUCAACGUUCGAAAAGACUUGUGCGAUAAGAAGCUCCAUGGGUAUUGGCGAGUCAAUGUGGUCUACGGGCAGAAACCUGAGUGA